GCGGCGUUCGGCGGUCCCUGAGGUGCUGCUCGCCCGGUGCUCGGAGUUCGGUUCCUUGCUGCUAUCCUGGUGGAUCCUUGAGUUGGGUUGCUCGCCGAGAGACGGUCCGUCCCCCUCUUGCCGCGUUGCCCAACCUGGUAAUAUCAACUUUAAGGAGGAGACCCGGAGGAAGGGACUCAUUCCCUUUCUUUGGGUUAUUCCUCUGGCUCAAGGGUCUUGGAUAUGGACCUUCUUCAGUUCCUGGCUUUUCUCUUGGUCCUGCUACUGUCCGGGGCAGAAGCCACAGGCACCACGAGGACCUCCCUGGACCCAAGCAUACAGAUAUACAAGAAGAUGUUUGAGGUGAAGCGGCGAGAGCAGCUGUUGGCACUGAAGAACCUGGCACAGCUGAACGAUGUCCACCAGCAAUACAAGAUCCUCGAUGUCAUGCUCAAGGGGCUCUUUAAGGUGCUGGAGGAUUCCCGGGCAGUGCUCAUUGCUGCUGAUGUGCUCCCUGACGGGCCCUUUCCCCAGGACGAGAAGCUCAAGGAUGCCUUCUCCCAUGUGGUGGAGAACACAGCCUUCUUUGGUGAUGUGGUACUGCGCUUCCCAAGGAUUGUGCAUCACUACUUUGACCACAACUCCAACUGGAACCUCCUCAUCCGGUGGGGCAUCAGCUUCUGCAACCAGACAGGCGUGUUUGACCAGGGACCCCACUCGCCCAUCCUCAGCCUGAUGGCCCAGGAGCUGGGGAUCAGCGAGAAAGACUCUGACUUCCAGAACCCAUUUAAAGUAGACCGCACAGAGUUCAUUCCCAGCACUGACCCUCUCCAGAAGGCUCUGAGAGAAGAAGAGAAACGCCGGAAGAAAGAGGAGAAGCGGAAAGAGAUCCGGAAAGGCCCCAGGAUCUCGCGAUCCCAGUCUGAGUUAUAACUCCAGAGCUGCCCAGGGCACCGGAGGCCAGGAGGAGACCAGUUGGGAAAAAGCGGAGGCAGGUGUGGCUGUGGUGCAGCAGUACUGCCCAUGCCAGUGAGCAACAGUCCUUCCACGUGGGAGGCCACAUUUGCUAAGGGGACUGGGCUUCAGAGGGUGGGUUUACCUCCCAGGGAACACUGCUGCAGACAGAACCCUGUGGAGACCACAGGGGAGGUAGGAGGCACCUUGGACCUUCUUUGUGGGCUAAGAAGGGUGGCAGGCUGCUGUCCUUGGUGAGGAAGUAGAAGAACCAGGCUCUGAGCUACAGGGAGAUGCCACACCUGCUGCUGCCCCCACUGUGUCACUGAGUUACCCAACCUAGGUAUGGGCCCCUCUGCAGAGACAAUAAAAGCCAGAAAACUC